UUAAGAGACAGAGAGUGAUAAGGAUUGGGAUUAAGAUUAGGUUUAGGAUUGGGAGAAAGAUGAAGAGAGAGGGGUUUAGGUCGACCAACUGGUUGUUAAAGAUAGAAACUCCUUAACCAUACAUUUAUAUAACAUUUUCACAAUAAUUUUCUUCUCUUUACCAAAGACUUGACUCCAGGAAUCAAUAAGCAAGAAGCAGGAGGUUCAAGCACCAACCAGAUUAUGGCUUUCUGAAGCAAUAUCUUCAGAAAACAAAAUAAAGUUUUUAUUUGAUUUUCUUAUUACCAUAUUAUAUACUAUUAAAUAAGAAAUUCAAAGUUUUUUUUUUCCAUUCUUUCUUUCUUCCGGAGGAGGGAGAGUAUGAUAUGGGUCUUUCACGUGUGACAUUGAUGAGAUGAUGAAUUCAAAUUAUAUCUCAUACCAAAAAAAAAACACAACCAAGAGAAAGAGGCGUAACCUUCUGAUUUCUUUCUUUUAAGAUAUCAAUAAAAUCUUUCACAUUUUCUAAUUUUUAAUUCUUUUCAAGAUUUUGUUGUCUCCUUCAACAAUCCAUCAGAAGUAGCAGUUUGGUUUCCAGGUAAUUUACUAAUCUUUUUAUUUCUAUACAAUUCUUCUUUUUUUUUUGUUGUCUAUGGAUUUGGCUUGCAUCUCCAUAAUUGCAUGCAUAACCAUAUAUUCAAGACAUGUUGAAAUCUUACAUGUUUCUUAGCAAUACACUGAUUAUAUGGAUCCUGCUCUGUUUCAAUUGUUUUUGAAUCUGUCUUUAAUGUCAAGCAUUUCCUCCAUAAGGUUAAGUUCUUACGACCUGAUCAGAAAACAAGGGACUAUGGAACUCAAGUGAGCCAAAAAGAACACUCCAUUUCGAUGGAGAAUUAUCCAGAAACACAGUUUAUUCCCGGAGAUUCAAUGAUCCAGAAUGCUAUAGUUUCUUACUCUGAGGAAUCAGCCGGUAGAGAAAGAAGAACUGAAGCUAACAAUGUCUCAGCCUCACAAGAGAGGCAAGCAUUGUCCAGAUUUGGGGGAGUUCCACAAAUGCAGAACAUUGGUCAAGAUUUCGGUUCUUGGAGAGAUCAAGCGAGUGACAGGAACGGUUUCCAGCUAAUGAGCGCGAUGGCAGGUGCCACGGGGAUUCUUCAGACCGGUCAGGGACUGUCCCUUAGCCUUGGUUCACAGAUUCUUCCAGGAAUUCAUCAGAUAAGCCAUCAAAAUAUGGCGCCGAGAGGCAAUGAGUAUGCAACACAGAGUUUUCCGGGCGGGAAUCAGAACUUGGAUGUUGUGAGAACAAUUCCCAACUCAAAGUAUCUUAAGGCGGCUCAACAGCUUCUAGAUGAGGCUGUUAAUGUAAAGAAAGCUCUAAAGCAGUUUCAGGCAGAGGGAGAUAAAAACAAUGAGAACCCUCAAGAACCGAAUCAGAGCACUCAAGACUCGAGCACGAAUCCUCCUGCGGACAUCUCUCAGUCGGAGAGACAAGAAAUGCAGAGCAAGUUGACAAAACUCUUGUCAAUGUUGGAUGAGGUGGAUAGAAGAUAUAAGCAAUAUUACCAGCAGAUGCAGAUAGUUGUAUCCUCGUUCGAUGUGAUAGCUGGUUAUGGAGCAGCUAAGCCAUACACAGCACUCGCCCUUCAAACAAUUUCUCGCCAUUUUCGUAGCCUAAGGGAUGCGAUAUCCGGACAAAUCCUCGUGCUACGUAAAUGCCUUGGGGAACAACAAGAUGGAUCAGAUGGGAAAAGAGUUGGGAUUAUAAGCCGGCUUAAGUACGUUGAUCAACAUUUAAGACAACAAAGAGGUUUUAUGCAACCUCAAGCUUGGAGACCUCAACGCGGUCUACCUGAAAACUCUGUUUUGAUUCUCCGUGCUUGGCUCUUUGAGCAUUUUCUUCACCCUUACCCAAAGGAUUCUGAUAAGAUCAUGCUAGCAAGACAAACGGGCUUGAGCCGCGGUCAGGUUUCAAACUGGUUCAUAAAUGCACGAGUGCGUUUAUGGAAGCCAAUGGUGGAGGAGAUAUACAAGGAGGAAUUCACAGAGAAUGAUUCCAACUCGUCUUCCGAAAAUACACCGAAAAUGUCUGAGAUAGGACCUGUUGCUGCUGAUGAUGAAGAUCGAGCUCGAGAGUUUUCACAAGACCAGACCAAACCGGACCAUGGACAUGGAUAUGGCGAGGAAACUCGUGGCAUGGUCCAAGGCAGUCAUAUGGAUGGUCGCCGGUUCAUGGCAGUUGAGCCUACAUAUCAUGUGGCUGAUACGUCAAGAUUGGGUCGUGGUGAUGUGUCCUUGACUCUAGGGCUUCAAAACUCUCAAGGACAGGACAAUGUUGUGGCUAUGUCUAGUGAGGCAUACAACAACUUUUCCGGGGUGGAUAUUUACGAGAAUGCCAUCCCGGGAGAUGAAAUGGAGUAUGUAAACCCCGGAAGUCGCCAGAACCGGAUAAAUUCUUCACAAUUGGUACAUGAUUUUGUAGCUUGAAGAAGUAAGCAAUGGAGAGGAAUAAAGCAUAGGUGUGAUGAACUUAUGAUCAGUCUCAAUUCUGUAGUGGAAGAAUGUUGGUCAGAAGAAAAAGUUUUAGAAAUAUUUGUAUAAAGUAAACAUUCUUUUGUACAAGAAUAUAAGUGAGGUUAGGUCAUUGGGACCAAACAGAAUAUGGUAAAUGCAAUUUGAGAUCUGCA